AUGACACGAAGCAAGCUGUUCAUUGCUCAAGCAUCAGCUCAUGCAAAUCUUCUGAAACAAGAAAAGAUUGAUCUAAUUUUACAAUUAAGAGCAAAGAUUGAUGGUUUAAUCAGUAAUAUCAGAGAUUCAAAGACUUUAUGUGAUAAGUAUGAUAGUGAAAUCCAAUACUUUCAAGAGUACAUUGGUGGACUCGUGAAGAAGUAA